AUGGUCUACUACACAACUUGGCUCAUAGCUAAAUUGGAUCUUAUUAAAUACAUCUUCAAGAAACCAUCACUAUCAAGAAGAAUUACAAGAUGGCUGGUGAUGCUUUCUGAAUAUGACAUAGUAUAUGUAAGCCAAAAAGCAAUCAAGGGAAAUGUCCUUUUUAAAUUCUUGGCUGACAGAGCCACUAAUGAUUAUGAGCCCAUGAAGCUUGAUUUUUCAGAUAAAGAACUAAUGACUAUCUUAGAGUUAGAGAAAGAUAAUGAUGAGGAAGAGAUAUGGAGGAUGUAUUUCGAUAGGGCUACCAAUGCCAUAGGAUAUGGGAUCGGAGCAGUCUUAAUAUCUCCAAGAGAGCACUACUAUCCUGUUAUAGCAAGAUUGAAUUUUAACUACACCAAUAAUGUAGCCAAAUAUAAUGCUUGUGUUAUGGGGUUGCAUGCUACAUUGCACAAAAAAGUUAAAACAUUAAGGGUGUUUAGGGAUUCAGCUCUAGUUAUUUAUCAACUAAAAGGCACUUUUGAGGCCAAAAAGAUUAUUGAGGAAGUUCAUAAUGACGCAUGUGAUGCACAUGCAAAUUGGCACAUAAUGGCAAGACAGGUCAUACGGGAGAUGGAUGUCAUUGGUCCUAUCACACCAAAGGCCUCAAAUGGGAAUAGAUUCAUUUUUGUGAUGAUUGAUUACUUCACUAAAUGGGUCAAAGCCACUUCUUUCAUAACUGUGACAAGAUCAGUAGUCUAA